AUGGCGGCCCCCGGCGGGCUGGGUCGCUGCGUGGUCGCCUUCUGGCUGGCGCUGGCUUUCGACGCGUUGGGUUUGGCUGUGUUACUGGCCGGUGUGUUCGCCGACGUGUUCUUCUCUGACCUGCUCAUCUACGCGGGCGGCAUCGGCAUUUUCCUCAGCCUCAUUUGGUGGGUUUUCUGGUACGCGGGCAACCUGGAGGUGCCGCUGGAGGAGCUGCGCGACGACGUGGGGCUGGUACCGCCCAAGGGUCGCGGGGACAGCCUGCUGCGGGAUCUGGUGCACGGCCUCGGCCGUCGUCUCUCCUCAGCCUUCGCUCCCGCUUCGCGUUCCCGCGCUACCGCCGCCGACCUAGAGUUGCAGUAUGCCGGGGGCCCGCGGGGCCGCCCCACCGACUCCAGCAGAUGUGGAUUGUAUCAAAAGGAGGUUUUCCCUUCUAAGCAUCAGUACUACCCUUCUACGUUUGGAAAAACACAAGCUGUCUGGUGGGGCAGGGGUGAGGGUCCUUGCUCGGCCCUGACCCGCUCUCGGGCAGCUGCUGGCGUGGUCACCCUGACCUCCCGGCUAGGGGAGAGUUUGCUUCCCAAUGAACUUAAAACUUUCCAGCCUGACACUGCGGUUAAAUCUGGGAUUCUGCAUCUUUCGGACGCGUUGAGCUCCGGCGCAAACGCUGGCUAA